AUUUUGAAACUCCAAACCGGAAGUCAGAAUGUAGGUCAUCUCGCUUGAUGCGGCUUUGAGUACAGUAGUAAGUCGCUGUAAGGUAACUUCCUCCACCAAUCCUGGCUUUUUGCCUCUCYGCCGCCAAGCUGCAGAGACUUGUGAAGCUCCUGGAUGUUGUUCAUUUCUGAGUGAAGAAAAAAAUAAUAAUUACAGAAUGUGUUUUCAAAUUUGCUUCGUUUUUAAAGCUAGCAUCGAGUGAGAGUCGUCCCCCCUUUUUUUAAAUUCCCACCAGCGACCGACGGACGAUAAUGUUGGCGUCAUGGAGGCUCUGCUUUUCARACUAGUUUGGAAAACAAAUCGGGUCUUGUCGGUGAAUUUUCGGGAGAUGGCAGAAUAGUUCGAGCUGCGCCACUUACCGAGCCCAAAUAAAGCACUUUUUGGGGGACAAAAAAGAAGAAAUCCGCAAGGUAUACAAUGAGGAGGAAGGCCUUUUUCUGGGUUCUGUUUACGCUGGUUCUACCCUGUGCCAGCGUGGAAGGGSAAAACGGUGGAAGAGAGGAGUGUUUGUGUGACGGACCAUCCUGCAGCAGUGGGGAGCGAUGUUAUGGCCAACAGUGCUUUGCUUCUCUGUCGGUUCUGAACGGGACGUCGGUCUUUCAGAGGGGCUGCGUUGUGGGUAGUGAAGAUGGGUCCGUGCGCUGUGGAAACUCACCAACUCCUGAGCUGGUGGUGAAGUGCUGCUUUGGGCAUUUGUGCAACAUAAACAUCUCCUUGCAGUUCCCAACGAAAGAUGUCGAACAGUCUGCAGGCAGACCGGUCCUCAGGGACCAGGAGUGUGUAUGUGAGGGAGAUGUGUGUGAGCCUGACCAUCGCUGCACAGGCCAGCAGUGUUUUUCUUCUGUGAAAAUGGUCGACGGGGCGGCCGUCCAACAGAAGGGCUGCCUGAGGGACGACAAGGAGGGCAGAACCACCUGUGCCACACCACCCUCAUCGGUUCAUGUUGUCAAGUGCUGCCAGGGCCAUCUGUGUAACAUGAACGUCACCGUGCAAGUUCCUGAGAAAGAAUCUUUUACAGAAGGAAAAAUCAAGCCCCCGAUCGAAGACGAGCACGAGUGCGUGUGCGAGGGCAUCUCGUGCGUGACGGGGGAUCGCUGCAGGGGCCAUCAGUGCUUCUCAUCCCUGACAGUCAAUGCUGGCUCCCCAGUGUAUCAGAAAGGCUGCUUUAAGGUGUAUGAGCAGAGCACAUUGACUUGCAAGACCCCGCCGUCCAGAGACCAGAUUGUCGAGUGUUGCCAAGGUCACCUGUGUAACUUGAACAGCACUGUGGAGCUUCCCAUCAGAGCUGACGAGCUGUCCAGCUACAUUGUGACCACACUGGUUAUUGCCAUCGUGGCGCCCAUCGUUGUUCUCAUCUUCCUCUCCGCCGUGGCUAUCUUCGUGUUCAGACGCAUUCACCGCAACCAGAUGGAGAGGCUGACGUCCCGAGAUGCCGAAUACGGAACCAUUGAUGGACUUAUAGCCUCUAAUGUGGGGGAGAGCACUCUGGCGGAUCUGCUGGAUCAUUCCUGCACUUCAGGAAGUGGCUCAGGACUCCCGUUUCUUGUUCAGAGGACCGUUGCUCGACAAAUCACGCUCAACGAGUGUGUGGGUAAGGGUCGAUACGGCGAGGUGUGGAGGGGUCAGUGGCAAGGAGAGAACGUGGCCGUUAAAAUCUUCUCCUCCAGAGACGAGAAGUCUUGGUUCAGAGAAACCGAAAUCUACAACACCGUUCUGCUGAGACACGAGAACAUCUUGGGCUUCAUCGCCUCCGACAUGACUUCCAGGAACUCGAGUACUCAGCUGUGGCUCAUCACUCACUUCCACGAAAUGGGCUCCUUGUAUGAUUAUCUCCAGCUUAGCACCCUCGACGCGUCCAGCUGCCUCCGGAUGGCACUGUCCAUCGCGAGUGGCCUGGCGCAUUUGCACGUGGAGAUCUUCGGCACCCAGGGCAAGCCGGCCAUCGCGCACCGAGACCUCAAGAGCAAAAACGUAUUGGUGAAAAAGAAUGGGCAGUGCUGCAUUGCAGACCUGGGUCUGGCAGUCAUGCAUUUCCAAGACACUAAUGAGUUAGAUGUGGGCAACAACCCUAAAGUUGGCACAAAGCGCUACAUGGCCCCCGAGGUUCUUGACGACUCCAUCCAGAUGGACUGCUUCGAGUCCUAUAAGAGAGUAGACAUCUGGGCCUUGGGCCUGGUGUUGUGGGAAAUCGCCAGGAGGACAGUGAGCAAUGGUAUCGUAGAAGACUACAAACCACCUUUUCACGACGUGGUUCCAACCGACCCGAGCUUUGAAGACAUGAAGAAGGUUGUGUGUGUGGAUCAGCAGAGGCCCAACAUCCCAAACAGGUGGUUUUCAGACCAAACUUUAACUUCUUUGGCGAAACUCAUGAAGGAGUGUUGGUACCAGAAUCCAUCAGCCAGAUUAACGGCACUUCGCAUCAAAAAGACUCUCACCAAGAUCGACAACUCUCUGGAUAAAAUCAAAACGGACAUCUGAGCCUUACUUAGAAAGCAGAGUCCCUUCCAGAGGAUGGACUGUCUUAAGUAAAUCACAAGAGAAAAGACUUGAUGGGUUUGGUGCCCUUAUAGAGGCACAGACCUGUAUUUAUUUUAAAACACUUGAUGGGACUCAUUUUGGCAUCCAAAGAAGGCCUGUUGGGCAUUUCAUUUCUGAGACGGCCCAGUGGUCUUAGAAAAAGGAAAGUAUCUGUUAUGACAUAGGAGCUGGAAACAUUCUUCAAGGAAGAAACUGGUAGCCAGGCAUUUGCUUGUUUUUGUUAGUUGUGCACAUUUUGUUUCGACACAUUUUUCAAUUUAAAGUGUAUCUUAGCUUAUUUUGACAAGCUAACAUUUCUGAUCAUUCUAAA